AGGCGCAGGAUGCUCUGAAGAAGUUUGCAGCAAAUGUGACAACAGCCAGUGUGAAAGAACGCAGACAAAUUCUCAGUGAAUUAAAAGCAUGCAUUUCUACAAGAGAUCUGCCAGAAGCUGCUGUGAAAGGUCUCUGCAGAUUAUUCUGCCUAACAUUGCAUCGAUACAGAGAUGCAGCAUCCCGUCGAGCUCUGCAAUCUGUCAUCCAGCAGCUGGUGGAGUCCCAGCCAGAUGUAACAGCUAAAAAUCUGCUACAGUCACUCCAGGCAUUUGGGGUGGGAAACAAAAGUGUAGAACCCAGCAAAAGCAGUGGUUCUGCAGCAACCUUAGCCUUGGCAUGGACUUGUGUUGUUUCCAGGGUUGUGUUUUCUGUCCCCGAGAAACAACAGGGGGAAACGUGGAAUAAACUGGUGGAGUGCCAGUCAUUUCUAUUGAUGGAAAUUAUUGGAGGCUCACAUCGACAUGCUGUUCAGGGGUCUUCAAAAAGGAUAAGCACAUUGUGGAAGGAGAAUGCUGGUCUAGUGGAAAAAUACCUUGAUGCAAUAUUUAGCCUUGAGCCCAAUCAGAAUGUUGCUGGCAUUCUUGGUCUUGCUGUACAGUUCUGCGUGAAGCAGAACAAGAUGGAUAUUCUCAAAAAGUACAGGAGUAAACUUAUUGAUUUCUAUGUGAAGACGGUUCUCAUGAGUAAAGUGAAACCUUCUAAAUAUAUACUGGAGAGUUGCACACCUCUACUUCAGCAUGUUACUCAUGAUGAAUUUAAAGAACAAAUUUUGCCCAUGUUGCAAAAAUCACUUCUUCGUAGCCCUGAAAAUGUGAUUGAAACCAUUUCUUCACUGUUUGCAUUUGUGACCAUAGACCUGAGCCAGUAUGCCCUGGAGCUUGGGAAAUGCUUGGCUGGACAAUUGAAGUCUAAUAACUCCCAGCUGAUGGAUGGAGCAGUAGUUGCAUUGCAGAACCUGGCACAUCAGUGUAGCGACCCAGCUGCGGUGGAGGCAUUGGGGAAACACUUGUUUGCUAUCUUGGGAGGUUCAGAAGGAAAACUCACAGCUGUUGCACAGAAAAUGAGUGUUCUCUCAGGGAUUGGCAGCCUAAGUCACCAUGGAAUUUCUGGACCAUCAAGCCAAGAAUUAAGCAGGACUGUGUCUGAGUUGUUUAUAUAUCCCUUUUCUUCAGCAGGAAGUUCAUGAAGGAACUCUUAUUCAUGCUGUGGCUGUGCUUACUCAGUGGUGUCAAAAAUUCACUACAGAGGUCCCCAAGAAGCUAAUAGAAUGGUUUCAGAAAGCUGCCGCUCUCAAGACCAGCACUUCAGGUGUUAGGCAUUCAUAUUUCCAGUGUAUGUUGGUGUCAUUUAGAGGUGAUACAUUGGGCCAAGCUCUAGUGCUCUUGCCUCUUUUGAUCCAGACCGUAGAAAAGGCUGCAUCACAGACUGCACAGAUAUCAUUCUUAACAGAAGCCCUUGCUGCUGCUGUCCUUGUUUGCAGAUUGUCUAUCAUUGAAACACAGAUUGAAAGCAAGCUAAUCAACUUUUGGCAAUUGCUGUCAGAUGAGAAGAAGCAGAUUUUCACCUCUGAUAAAUUUCUUUCCUCAGCAAGUGAAGAUUCCCUUACAACCUUGCUACAACUGUGUGAGAGACUCUUACUUGACCACAUCCAUAGGCUUCCAGAUAACCGGGCUCAGCCAUAUUACCACGCUUUGAUUACUGUUCUGCUCACUCGCUCAUGGAAAGUACGUAGGCAGUGUCAGCAGACCAUCAGAAAGUUGCUGGCAUCUCUGGGUGGCAGUAAGCUGUUGCAUGGCCUUUUGACAGAAAUGAGAACUGUGCUAAAUUCAAACAAGCUGAUACUAAUGGAUAGUGCACUAACUGAAUUUGAAGAAGUGGCAGAGCAAGGAAAGCCUCAUAUAUCUCCAAGAAUCGUACAAGAGGCAAUCUGUGUCCUCACUUGUGUGCCAGGGCUAGAAGCUGACUCAGUGGAAGCAUUAAAUCUGGCCCAGGAGCUUCUAGUUUUAGCAAAUCAUCCCUUAGUUGCAUCUACUUAUCCAGACCUUUGGGUGGAUCUUCUGCACAAAAUGAAGAUCGACCCUGCUGAGUUUAUUAACAAGCACUUUGAUGAUUUUUUACCAGUAAUCACUUCCAACGCAUCUAAUGAUCAAGCAGUCCUGAAUGCAGCUGGUACUUUGGCUCGCAUAUCUUCCCACAAAGUUCUUCCUCAGUUAGUUGGAGUCAUAACUGAAUCUCUGCAGAAUUCAGCCUUGUCUCAAGUCACCAGAGAGGAAUAUGCCAUUAUGCAAACUCCUGAUGGGGAGCUGUAUGACAAAUCUAUUCUGCAAAGUGCCCAACAAGAUAGUUUAAAAAAGGCCAACAUGAAGAGGGAGAAUAAGGCCUAUUCUUUCAAGGAGCAGAUCAUUGAAUUGGAGCUCAAAGAGGAGAUUAAGAAGAAGAAAGGGUUAAAAGAAGAGGUUCAGCUAACAAGUAAACAGAAGGAAAUGCUACAGGCACAGAUGGAAAAAGAGAGUCUGAUCCGAAAGAAGAUGCUGCAGUUGGACACAGAGUUGGAAAACAGUAUUCGACUUCUGGACUGUAUAGUACAACAGAGUCCUCCUGGUCUUUCUCAGCACAUUCCUGUUCUGACUAGCUGCUUUAUGCCGUUGUUGAAGUCUCCAUUAGCUGCUGCUCGAAUCCAUGGUCCAUUUGUGCAGUUUGCUGCUUGUGUCAUGCCAGCCCAUUUGAAAUCAUUUGGAAAAUUGGCUGCUUACAUAACUCUUCGCUUGUUGAAGCCAGAAUGUAACUUGGAUGCUGCCUGGUGUCAGGAAGAGCUGCCAAUAGCUGUGAAGAGAGCAAUAAAUCUCUCUUACAUUCUUACACAGUGCCCAAACGCAAGGAAGACCCAGGGGCAUCUCCUUUAUCAGCACCAGCAUUUUCCUUUGUCUUCCCUUUUUUGAAAAUGGUAUUAUUGGAAACAAGCAAUAACAGUGAAGAAACUGAAGAGCUGCUCGUGCAGACCUUGCAGAUAAUCACUGUUCAUUCCCAGCUAAGAGCCUCCAAGGCACAUAUUGAGUUUAUGGAUGAGGAUGGGCCAGAAUUCCUGCCCCGUGCAGAUAUGCUACUCUUGUUGACUAAGGUGAUAGGAACAGCCUGUCCAAGAUUGCAGAUCUUGGCUUCCAAUGCACUUACAUCAUUAUGCACAAGCAGCGGAGGAGGAGAAGGCUGCACAUAUGCAGAGCAGGAAGAAGUCGAUGUUUUACUUCAAGCUUUGCAGUCGUCUUGCUCAAAUGUGCGAGAUGCUGCCUUGAGGGGACUAAUGGAACUUAAGAUGGUUUUGCCAACACCAGAAACUGAUGAUAAAAACGGAUUGGCCUUGUUGCACAGGCUUUGGGUGGUGAAAUUUGAUGUGGAGGCUGAAAUAAAAAGACAAGCUGAAGGGUUUUGGGAAUCGCUUGACUUGGAAUUGCAACCAGACCUAUGUCCUUUGCUUAUUAAAGAUGUUAUUCAUCAUGAAGAAGCAGUGAGGCAGGCAGGGGCUGCAGCACUCUCUCAUGCUGUGGCAGAAUAUCGAAAUCAAGCCACAGAGGUCCUGAAAAAACUGGUGGAAUUGUACCAUGAGAAGCUUUACAGACCACCACCUGUUCUUGAUGCUUUGGGACGAGUAAUAUCAGAAUCUCCUCCUGACCAAUUUGAAGCAAGGUGUGGCCUAGCUUUGGCAUUAAACCAGCUUGCUCAGUAUCUUGACAGCUCUCAAGUUAAACCGCUUUUCCAGUUCUUUGUCCCUGAUGCCCUUAAUGAUCGUCACCCUGAUGUCAGAAAAUGUAUGCUGGAUGCUGCUUUGUCUGCACUGAAUACACAUGGAAAGGACUGUGUUGGCUCUUUACUACCAGUGUUUGAAGAAUUCCUGAAGAAUGCACCAAAUGAUGCUAGCUAUGAUGCUGUUCGUCAGAGUGUUGUCAUUCUCAUGGGCUCCUUGGCCAAACACUUGGACAAAAGUGAUCCUAAAGUUAAACCUAUUGUGGGCAAACUUAUAGCAGCGCUCUCAACGCCAUCACAACAGGUUCAGGAAUCAGUUGCCAGCUGUCUGCCUCCCCUGGUGCCAGCAAUUAAGGAUGAUGCCGGUAGUAUGAUCCAAAAGCUAAUGGCCCUUCUUCUAGAAUCCGAUAAAUAUGCAGAACGAAAAGGAGCUGCCUAUGGUUUGGCCGGGCUAGUGAAGGGUUUGGGAAUUCUUUCCCUGAAACAGCAGGAGAUGAUGACAACCCUGACAGAAGCGAUUCAAGAUAAAAAAAACUUCCGACGUAGGGAAGGGGCCCUCUUUGCGUUCGAGAUGCUUUGUAAUAUGUUAGGAAAGUUAUUUGAGCCAUAUGUGGUUCAUGUAUUACCUCAUCUUUUGCUGUGCUUUGGUGAUGGAAACCAAUAUGUGCGAGAGGCAGCAGAUGAAUGUGCCAAGGCAGUAAUGAGUAAUCUCAGUGCUCACGGUGUAAAGCUUGUAUUGCCAUCCCUUCUGGUGGCUCUUGAGGAGGAAUCCUGGAGAACUAAAGCGGGAUCUGUGGAGCUUUUAGGAGCUAUGGCUUACUGUGCUCCAAAACAGCUAUCCUCUUGUCUCCCUAGUAUUGUGCCCAAGCUCACUGAAGUGCUUACAGACUCCCACGUAAAAGUUCAAAAAGCUGGGCAGCAGGCCCUUCGUCAGAUUGGCUCUGUAAUUCGGAAUCCAGAGAUCUUGGCUAUCUGUCCUGUGUUACUUGAUGCACUUACGGACCCCUCAAGAAUGACACAGAAGUGCCUACAAACAUUAUUGGACACCAAGUUUGUUCAUUUCAUUGAUGCUCCUUCUCUUGCCUUAAUUAUGCCUAUAGUACAGCGGGCAUUCCAAGAUAGAUCUACGGACACUAGGAAAAUGGCAGCACAGAUUAUUGGAAACAUGUACUCUCUAACUGACCAGAAGGACCUGGCUCCUUACCUCCCAAGUAUCAUACCAGGACUCAAGGCAUCCCUUAUAGACCCUGUUCCUGAAGUUCGUACUGUGUCUGCUAAGGCCUUGGGUGCUAUGGUGAAAGGGACAGGGGAGUCUUGUUUCCAAGAUUUGCUGCCAUGGCUGAUGGAUACUCUAGCAUCCGACUUCAGCUCGGUGGAUCGCUCUGGUGCUGCACAAGGUCUUGCAGAAGUAAUGGCUGGUUUAGGAGUUGAGAAACUAGAAAAGCUAAUGCCAGAAAUUGUAGCUACUGCCAGCAAACCAGACAUUGCGCCUCAUGUCCGUGAUGGUUACAUUAUGAUGUUCAUUUAUUUGCCAAUCACUUUCGGGGACAAAUUUACACCUUAUGUUGGUCCUAUUAUACCCUGCAUUCUAAAGGCCCUAGCAGAUGAAAAUGAGUUUGUACGUGAUACCGCACUACGUGCAGGCCAAAGAGUCAUCACCAUGUAUGCAGAGACAGCCAUUGCACUCCUCUUGCCACAACUGGAACAGGGUCUGUUUGAUGACCUUUGGAGAAUAAGGUUCAGCUCUGUUCAACUUCUAGGAGACUUGCUGUUCCAUAUAUCUGGAGUGACUGGAAAGAUGACCACGGAGACCGCCUCUGAAGAUGACAACUUUGGGACUGCACAAUCCACCAAGGCCAUCAUUUCUGCACUUGGAGCUGAAAGGAGAAACCGUGUGCUAGCUGGAUUGUACAUGGGACGCUCUGAUACACAGCUGGUGGUGCGCCAAGCUUCACUUCAUGUGUGGAAAAUAGUUGUUUCAAACACUCCUCGCACACUUAGAGAAAUUUUACCUACUCUUUUUAACUUAUUGCUGGGAUUCCUUGCUAGCACCUGUGCUGACAAGAGAACGAUUGCAGCCAGAACACUUGGGGACCUAGUCCGGAAACUUGGGGAGAAAAUUCUUCCUGAGAUCAUUCCAAUUCUGGAGGAUGGCUUGAGGUCUGACAAGAGUGACCAAAGACAGGGUGUGUGUAUUGGUUUGAGUGAGAUCAUGAAAUCGACAAGUAAAGAUGCUGUACUGUUCUUUUCUGAAUCCCUUGUACCUACAGUGAGGAAAGCUUUGUGUGAUCCCCUUGAGGAGGUUAGAGAGGCAGCCGCCAAAACCUUUGAGCAGCUGCACUCCACCAUUGGUCAUCAAGCACUGGAAGACAUUCUGCCCUAUUUACUGGGACAAUUGGAUGAUGAAGAGCUUUCAGAAUUUGCCUUGGACGGACUUAAACAGGUUAUGGCAGUGAAGAGUCGUGUUGUGCUUCCUUACCUUGUUCCAAAGCUUACAAGUCCUCCUGUGAACACUCGUGUCCUGGCCUUCCUUUCUUCAGUGGCGGGUGAUGCAUUAACAAGACAUCUGAAUGUCAUUCUACCUGCUGUAAUGACUGCACUAAAGGCACAGCUGGGAACAGAGAACGAACAGCUGGAACUUGCAAAUUGUCAAGCUGUUAUUUUGUCUGUGGAAGAUGAUGUUGGACAGAGAAUUGUAAUUGAAGAUUUGUUGGAAGCAACUCGCAGCUCUGAUGUUGGAAUGCGGCAGGCAGCUGCCAUUAUCCUAAACAUGUACUGUGCAAAGACCAAAGCUGAUUACUCAGCACAUCUUCGCGGCUUGAUGUCGGGACUGCUUCGCUUGUUCAAUGAUACAAACAGUUUGGUUUUGAAUGAAAGCUGGGAUGCCCUUAAUGCUAUCACUAAAGUAAGUGCAUUUUAACCCCUUAGUGACUGAUUGAUGACCUGCAUAGAGAUAUUCGCAUGGUGGGAAAUGAUGCCAAAGGAGAAAAUGUACCAGGAUUUUGUAUUCCAAAGAAGGGGGUGACCUCAAUUUUGCCAGUGCUAAGGGAAGGUGUUCUUACAGGGAAUCCUGAACAAAAAGAAGAGGCUACCAAGGCACUUGGCCUAGUUAUUAAGCUGACUUCUGCACAAGCCUUGCAGCCUUCUGUGAUUGGCAUCACUGGACCACUAAUCCGCAUUCUGGGUGAUAGGUUCAGCUGGAGUGUGAAGGUUGCCCUUCUAGAAACACUGAGUCUUCUUCUUGCUAAGGUUGGCAUUGCAUUAAAACCCUUUCUUCCACAACUUCAAACCACAUUUACUAAAGCUUUGCAAGACUCCAAUCGUGCUGUGCGUCUGAAGGCAGCUGAUGCCCUGGGGAAACUGAUUGUUAUCCACACAAAAGUGGAUCCACUCUUUACUGAACUUUUGAACAUAAUUCGCCAAAGUGAGGAUUCUGGUGUGAGGGAGACGAUGCUCCAAGCUGUGCGAUUCAUUAUUCAAGGUGGUGGAGGAAAAAUAGAUGCAACAAUAAGGAAGAACUAUGUCAGCAUGUUGAUUGGGAAUUUGGGACAUGAUGAGGAUGCUACACGUAUGGCAUCUGCUGGCUGCCUUGGAGAGCUCUGUGCCUUUCUUCCUGACGAAGAACUUUCUGUAGUUCUACAACAGCAUCUCUUGGCUGAUGCUACUGGAAUUGACUGGAUGGUUAGGCAUGGGCGAAGCAUGGCUCUUUCUGUGGCGAUUAAUGUAGCUUCCAGCAAGUUGUGCACACCAAAAUUCUCCAGUAACGUUGAAUCUAUGGUGUUAAAUAAUGCCACAGCAGAUAGGAUUCCUAUUGCAGUAAGUGGCAUCCGAGGAUUGGGAUACCUCAUGAAAUAUUACAUUGAAGUUGAAAAUGGAAAUAUUCCACCCAAGCUUGUGUCCCUGUUUGUAAAGUGUCUUCAGAACCCUUACAGUGAUAUUAAACUCAUUUCUGAAAAGAUGAUCUGGUGGUCCAAUAAAGAUCAUAUGCCUCCAUUAGAUCCUCAGACCAGCAAGCCAAUACUCAAGGUGCUGCUAGACAACACUAAGGACAAAAACACGAGUGUUCGAGCACACAGUGACCAGGCUAUAGUGAACCUUUUAAAAUUGAGACUGGGCACUAACCUAUUUCAGGAUAUGACUAAGAUACUGGACACAGCCAGCCUAGAUAUGCUAAAUGAAUGUCAACGCAGGUCCCUGAAGAAGCUUGCGGCUCAGCCCGACUCCGAUGAACAGAUUGAUGAAACUAUUUUGACGUGA